UAAUGAUUAAACAAUGUUAUUUUCAUUAAUAUUGGCAAUUUAUAUCACACACAACAAAAACAAUUUCAAAAUUACAAGCAACGAUUGAAACUGCAGACUGAUAAAUCGUCGUGACAUUUUAGACCGGGCGCACACUACCUACUCGAUUUUUAGUUGCGCAACUAAGCCGUUGAAUUCGUUGCGAAACAAUCGACAAUCGCUCACAGUUGUGCGAUUGUUUAGUCAAAAGUGUGCUCCACUCUAAUAGAAAUCGACCGACGACCGACGGGACUGCGACGUUGCCGUCCCGCGCAUUCCGUCCGCAGCCGUCGUGCUAAGAGUAGCGCCAUGUUGCCUUUCAACUACAAGUUAGAUCUCAAAUUAAUAGAACUCGUUAAAGAAAAUCCUGCGUUAUACGAUCCCAACAGUGCUAAAUACUUGGACUGCAAUGCUCGAGAAGUCGCUUGGCAAAAAAUCGGAGACAAAUUACAAAAACCCGCCGCGAAGUGUAAAGUUCGAUGGAACCAUAUAAGACUCGUGUUUCGACGCAUACUAAAGAAACCUGUCAGCGACUCGGAACCACCAAAAGUUUACAAGUAUGAGAAGCAACUUGCCUUUAUUAGACCUCUCUUUAAGGAUAUCACAGCACCAACAAUUGACUAUGAGUCGGACACAGACGUCAAAGAUGACACAGUUAACGAUCGUUAUGAUGACGAAUCGCGCAGCGAAAUAGAAGAUACUCCUCAAAAGAAGAUAAUAAAGAGAAGAAUACCUAAGCCGAUUACUAAAGCAAAGAUGAAGAGAUACGAAGAAGAAAAAAUGAGUGUUUCACCGAGUGAAGUAACUACGCCUGCUUGUGAUUUUGAUAGGUCUGAUCCUGUGGAUGCAUUUCUGUUGAGCGUCGGUGCUACCUUGAAAACGUUUUCGCCAUAUCAUUUGAAUAUUGCAAAGACUAAAAUAUUUAACGUCGUACAAGAACAUGACUUGCAACAGAUCUGGGAGAAAACACGCUCUGAUGAAUCUGUUCCCGAGACACCUCAAAAAUAUUUAGAUUACACGCAUUAACUCUAAGAUUUUAGUAAUGCGAAUAUUAUUGCAUUUUACUAUUUUGAUACUUUGUUGAACUUAGACGUAAGUGUAUUUAGUAGUCAAAUUUUAUUUAUAAGUUAAACGUUAAGUAAUAGAUGUUGAUUAAGAAACAUGGAUUGUAUAUGCGAUAUUAAUUAAAACCUAAUGUACUUUUAUGUCUGGCAGAUACUUUACUACUUAUGUUUGUUAUACACAAUUUAGUCUAUCAGUUCUCGCAUUUUAGAGUUAUUUAAAUAAAAAACAGGGUUUUUUAUUUUGAUCCAUAACGUACGAGAAUGAAUCUGGAUUUCAACUUCAGUGUGAGUAAAAAUCAAAAAAUUUGUUUACUAUUUUUUAUCCCUACUAAAUUGUUAAACUAAUCAUCCUUAUUUAGACAAACUACAGACAUACGGAACAGCACUUUUCGUCGUAAGUAAGAAAGAAACGCUUACGAAGCGACGUGUUACAGAUUCGUUUCAGUAUUCGGCCACAAGUCACCAAGAGCUAAGCGUGAAUUCAGUGGUAGUUUGUAAUUUAUCGCACGAUAGGCUGAUUAUUUAUAGGUCUAAUUAAUUAUCUACAACAAAUAUGAACAGUUGUUAAUAAAUAUAAAUUAUUCUUUUA